AGAGCCGCACGUUGGAGGACAGAGGAAGAGUGAACAAUGAGCCGAAAGUGAAGGAGAGGGCGCGGUGAGGAAUUCAGCUAAGCGGCCACAAAACCUCAGCCUUCAGCUACAUUCAGCCGUGGAAGCGGGAUUAUCAGCAGAAAACCUGUUUAUUUAACCAGCUUUACGAAAAAGUUCACAAUGGAAAUCGAAAAGGAGGUGAAGAAGAUGACCCUGGGCCACGAGAUAGGAGCCGGCGCACCCUGUCUGAAAUGCAAGGACAAGUGUGAGGGCUUUGAGCUCCACUUCUGGAGAAAGAUCUGUCGGAACUGUAAGUGUGGGAUUGAAGACCACGAUGUGCAACUGCAGACUGAGGAGAACCAGAAGGUGGGCCGGCUGUUCGAGGACACCAAGUACACAGGGCUCAUAGCCAAGCUGAAGAAAGAUGGAGUGCCCUCCUACAGAGGCAGUCAGGUUACCAUAUCCAUCACUACCCCGGCUAUUGGCACUGCGGUGCCCGUCCCGACAGUUGCUACUGCAGCCACAGUCGGCCCCGCCAUCACCUCUACACCGGCAGCCCCCUCUGGCCCAUCUGCCCCCACCCCUGUGGCCCCUGUUGCCCCUUCUGCCUCUUCUGCCCCCACCCCUGGCGCCCCCUAUGCACCCACCCCUGCACACCCCGCUGCUGCCUCUGUGGCAGCCACUGUGGCUCCUGCUGCAAUCCCAGCCAAAACGAAUGUGGUAAAAGCCGUUACCUACGAGUGGGCUCCUCCUGGGGUUAACCAGAGUCUGGCUCUGCGAUACAUGGAGCUGCUCCCUCCAGAACGGAGGCCCAUUGCAGGCACUCAGGGGGCAGACUACCGUAAGAAACAAAUGGCCAAACAGCUUCCAGAGCAUGACCAGGACCCGGCCCGAUGCCACGAGCUCACGCCAGCUGAGGUCAAACAGAUGGAGCAAUACGUUCGCAAGUACAAAGACGAGGCUCUGGGGAUGGGAGACCUCACUCUGCCGGAGGAGAUGGGCACCCCUGCCGGCCCUGCUGGAGCAAGGGGCCCUCAGGGCCUGGGGCCUGGAGCUGCUGGAGCUCCAGGGGCUGGGUCGGCACCAGGAGACAAGGCUGCUGUAGGCAAGGCUGGCGUACCGGCAGGCCCGGGAGCUGUAGGCAGCGGCCUUCCUGGCAAUUAUUCCUGCCACCACUGUCAGAAGGUGAUGCUGCAGGGUGACCCGGCGGUGUACGCAGAGCGCGCCGGAUACGACAAGCUGUGGCACCCGGCCUGCUUCGUCUGCUGCACCUGCAAAGAGCUGCUAGUGGACAUGAUCUACUUCUGGAAGAAGGGCCAGCUGUACUGCGGCCGUCACUAUGGCGACAGCGAGAAGCCACGGUGUGGAGGGUGUGAUGAGCUGAUCUUCAGUAACGAGUACACUCAGGCUGAGGGACAGAACUGGCACCUGAAGCACUUCUGCUGUUUUGACUGCGACUGUGUUCUGGCCGGAGAAACCUACGUCAUGGAGAACGACAAACCUGUCUGCAAACCUUGCUACAUGAAGAACCACGCUGUGCACUGCGUGGCGUGUCAGAAGCCGAUUGAGCCUGAGGCCCAGCGUGUGUCGUACGGGGAACACCACUGGCAUGCUGAGCCUGAGUGUUUCCUCUGCGCUGGCUGCUCCAAGUGCCUGAUGGGUCAGCGCUUCAUGGCCCUGCAGGGCAAACUACUCUGCUCUGUCGAGUGCAAGAAGAAGGUCAUGGCUUAGAUAACUCUUACCAAUUAAUAGAGCAGUGCUGGUCCAGGAAGGCAAAUGUGACAGCACUUCCUGGUGCGAACACUCCUGAUUUAACUGAUCUGUAAUUGCCAAGUUUAGUAGGUUUGUUUGAGCAGAGAAACCACUGCAGUGUGUUGGACCACAAACUCCACUAGCUUUUUUCAGGGUCUUUUUUAACCACUAUCUCUGCUUCAGAGCAGAUGCUGAAGCACUGUCCUCCUUUUUGAGCUGAUUUCAGCAUGCACUGUGUUCUUUUCCUUUUUUCCUUUUUUUAACUUUAGAUAAUUUUUUUAUGUGGACCUAACCUCCUCACACGCUCCUCCAAGGCAUAGUUUUGCAUAUGGUGGCCUGGAGGUAAUGAGCAAUAAAGUAGAUGGAAAUUAACCAAAGCCCUGCCUGUACACUGUACAUUUAGGAUGUGCCAAUAGGACAGGUUGGUUUCUCUGUCCUGCAGUGUUGUAGCCAAGUCCAGUAUUAUCUCAAACAGGACAUAGGCUGUGCUCCAAGUGUUCAGCUCAGUCAUUUUGUAUUUUUCUUUAUUUUCCAAGUGCCAUUAUCGUUUCUUUCUCACCACUGGUGUUGCACUUUACUUAGGGUUUUUUUUGCUUCUAUUGCUUUGUAAUCAAAUAAAUAAUUUGCAAGUAAAGUUUGUAAUUUUUCUCUCGUCA